CCAAAACCAUAAGCUAACAUAGACCUUGAAUCUUUUAACAUGCUUGAAUAGAUGUUUUAUUUUGGUAAUGAGAAAACUGACUACUCUUCUUCCCAGUCAAUCUUUGGGGUGACAUCCCAACAGGGUAGAAAGGACAAUAAAUUUCUUCUUUGGUUAUGUGCUAAUUCUGUGGCCCUUGCUAAGUUCUUUGACUUGUAUGAGCAUAAUGCUGCUUUGUUCUUGUGUAGAUGCAACUUAUCACAGUAUAACAUGUUCUUCCCACCCUUAGAUGUGAUCUAUCUUUUAAGACUCUCACAUCCUCUUUUUAACUUGCUCCUCGUAGGGCCUUAGAAUUCAUGUUUUUAGAUAAUUUCUUGUGACUAAGCAUACUACAUUAGUUCUCUAUGGACUUGGCGUCCUUAGGAUCCAAACAACCCCCUUUUCAGUCCUGCUUUGAGCCCCCAUAGCAACUCUGAGGUAGGCAUGAAAGGUGAGUAUUUUCCAGAUCCAGCUUUUAAAACAACAGGGUAAUCCAGGAGAAGUCACUUGAACUCAGGAAGAAAGCAUUGACAACAGGUGCUAAGGAACUAGAAGGAUAAGGGGAAUUUACCUUAAAUAUGAAAGGAACAAUAGAAGCUAGGCUUGGGCUUGGUAAGAGGCUCCGGAGUGGCCCACAGCAAAUUCAAAAGUAAGUAAAUAAGAAAAAGUGAGACGUGGCAUCUCAGGUCUGUGAAAAAGCAAAGUCCAGUUGGAUGGCCCCAGGGAAAUAACAGUUCACCUUCUACCUCAGAAAACAAAUGCCCUCCUAAACACUUUCAUCCUGUGCCAUGUCUUUGAAUUCUGCAGGGAGAAGUCUUACUUUGUUUUUUUACAGGACCCCUGCUUUGCAAUAUUUACUCAAGGUAGUGUAUCUAUUAAGUAAGUAGGUGCCAGCUUCAUGGGACUCAUUCUCCUUCCAUUAGAUCAUCAGGCCGGGUCUUGUACAGGGUGCUAAGCCUGAAGUGGGUGGUGAUGAGACAAAACUCGGGCCUAUAUCAGGAUUCCUAACUCCACUGAUUGACUUGUCUGAGAAAUGUAUUUUAUCCUUGAAGUCUGUAAUUCUUACACAGAUCAGCACAUUCUACCCUCAGCUAAGGAACUCAAGGUAGCCAGAGUCUAGCUUCUGUUCCUUUACAGAGAGCUCACACCCCCUCAGGAAAUGGGGGGCGCUUUCAUCUUUGUGGGGUUCGAAACACACUAUCCUUUCCUUUUGUCUUCAGCAAUGGGCGGUCACAAACCUUCUUAUAUUUUUCAGUGUAGGAUGUGGUGGUACAUCUUGGCUUAAUGGAUUCAAAGUCCCACCAUUCUAAAUGAAACAGACUUGAGGCUUCUGAAAUAGCAGUCAUCACAGCCCAAUAGUCCCUAGGACUUUGCUCUUUGAGGUCCACUUUUCAGUAGUUCAAGACAAUUUUUUGUCUGUAAGUGUGUGAUCAAAUGUAUGUACCAGAAAAUGCAACCGUUUGACUUUUUUGCACUCUCUUCCUACUGUAGGGCAACUGACACCAACUCUGCUCCGAUAUUUUCAUGCUGCAAAACUGAAACUGCAUUAGCAGCCCUUCCCCAUCCCACCACUGCCAACUACUACCAGAAACCAUGUACUCUCAGUUUCUCUGAGUUUAAGUACCUCGUGGAAAUGGAAUCAGACAGUGCUUAUUCUUUUGUGCCUGGCUCAUUUCUCAUAGCAUGAUAUUCUCAGAGAAGAAGAGUUGAUUACAAACGAGACCAUACUUUGAGCCAUAAUGGAACAGGCUGUUCGUAGUGAAUCAAAGAAAGGCCAGGUCACAGGGACAGAUUUGAUAAAUGAAGUUUCCAAAGCUAAGAAGUGCACAGUGAUUGGAGGCUCUGGGUUCCUGGGGCAGCACAUGGUAGAGCAGUUGCUAUCGCGAGGCUAUGCUGUCAAUGUAUUUGAUGUCCGCCAAGGCUUUGAUAACCCUCGGGUGCAGUUCUUCAUAGGUGACCUGUGCAACCAACAGGACCUGUACCCAGCUCUCAAAGGUGUAAGCACAGUUUUCCACUGUGCGUCACCCCCGUCAAACAGUAACAACAAGGAGCUCUUUUAUAGAGUGAAUUCCACUGGCACCAAGACUGUCAUUGAAACCUGCAAAGAGGCUGGAGUUCAGAAACUCAUUUUAACCAGCUCUGCCAGUGUUGUCUUUGAGGGUGUCGAUAUAAAAAAUGGAACUGAAGACCUCCCUUAUGCCAUGAAGCCCAUUGACUACUAUACAGAGACCAAGAUCUUGCAGGAAAGAGCAGUACUGGAUGCCAACGACCCUAAGAAGAAUUUUUUAACUGCAGCCAUUCGUCCUCAUGGCAUAUUUGGCCCAAGAGAUCCCCAGUUGGUCCCAGUCUUAAUUGAUGCAGCUAGAAAAGGCAAAAUGAAGUUCAUGAUUGGAAAUGGGAAGAACCUGGUGGACUUCACCUUCGUGGAGAAUGUAGUUCAUGGACACAUCUUAGCAGCUGAGCACCUCUCUCGAGAUGCAGGUCUGGGUGGGAAGGCAUUUCACAUCACCAACGAUGAGCCAAUCCCUUUCUGGACGUUCCUGUCCCGCAUUCUGACAGGCCUCAAUUAUGAGGCCCCCAAGUACCACAUCCCCUACAGGGUGGCCUACUAUCUUGCUUUCCUGCUAUCUCUACUGGUAAUGGUGCUCAGCCCUCUCAUCCAAAUCCAGACAACUUUUACACCAUUUCGGGUGGCACUGGCUGGAACAUUCCACUAUUACAGUUGUGAGAAAGCCAAAAAGCUCAUUGGGUACCGGCCACUGGUCACCAUGGAUGAUGCUGUGGAAAGGACUGUGCAGAGUUUCCACCACCUGCGGAAGGACAAGUGAAGCUCCCCAGUGCCCUCACCAGUAACUUUCUCCUCUCUGUUCUAAAGAACCAAUAUCCCUAAGUGAGUUUCUUCUGAGCUGCAUGCCCCUUGCUGGUUAGAUGACAGCAUACUUGACUCCCUCUAUGAUAUUGGAGGUGACAACAACAGGAGACAUUUCUCCCAGAAUAGCAUUGGACUUCUCAGGCAGACUCACAGUCUACUGUUUUGGUCUUUCUCUCUCCUCCCCCUACUUCUGUCUCCUGGGUUCAUUAUCAGAAAGAUAAUACUAAAGUGAAAGCUUUGUUUAAGGUCUUAAAAAUUGAAGAAAAUCAGAAAUUGUAAAGACAGUAAGACUUCAGACAUACAUUUUAUAAGAUCACAGUACAAUAGUUAGAAGUACUGAUGAGUGUAUUCCCAAUCCCUGGUCCCUAAGGCUAAAUCCACUGCUUGUUCCUUGCUCCCUCGUAUACUCUCAAGGUCUCUUUCAAAGAUGGUUGCAGUGUUUGUCUCCAUUGUUUUUCCAUAAAGUAUUUCCAUUUAUCCACAGAA